AUGGCGAAGAGGAUCUCUGACUUGAACGAUGACCAACGUUAUGUGACCUUGGUGGAGGACGAGGUCCACAUAAAACCGUUUAUCGAAACUAAAGGAGUCAAGAUUGUGGGUGUCGCACAUGAUUCCACAGAAGUAGCGAAUGGUGCGUUGAUGUUUAUGGCGCAAAUCAUCAACUAUCCAAUUAAGGAGGUCCCUCACACUGUUCCCGUGUACAAAGCCAACGUAGAGUUUCUGCACAAGUGCCUUGGAGACGUCAUUUGCCGGCUCGAGAACAUCGGCUACCGGGUGAUGUUUUGGAGAAAAUUAGUAUUUUUAGUAUUGUUGUUAUUACUGGCGGGUGAUGUCGAAUUGAAUCCAGGCCCCCCUACGAAGGCUGAACAGAUGGCAAAUAUGGAAUCCAUGCUUAUGAGCCUAACUGCUAGAAUGAACAGGGUUACGACACAACUUUCCAGUAUUCAAAGUAAGCAAGAAGAAUUUGAAAAGAAACUGGACACCUUGAUUAAGAGCAAUGACCACUUAGAAAAACGUGUUGAUGGUUUUGAGGGAUUGACCAAAAAUCUACAAGCACAGAUUGAUGCUCUUGAAAACCGCAGUCGAAGGUGCAAUCUGGUGUUUUACGGCAUAGAUGAUGCGAAGAGCAAUGAGACAUGGGAAGAAUUGAAGAACCAUGUGCUACAACUAUGUAAUGAUAAAAUGGGCAUCAACCCCAUUUGGAUUCAAAGGGCACAUCGGAUUGGUCAAUAUAGAGCGAAUGGGAAAAGGCCAAUUAUUGUAAACUUUGUGUUGUGGAAUGAAAAAGAAAGCAUAUUACACGCGGGGUUCAAAUUUAAAAAUACCAACUACAGUGUCUCAGAGGAUUUUAGCAAAACACUUCGCGAUAAAAGACGUAUGCUAUGGGAUUCCUCAGAAGAAAUAAGGUUAAACAAGGCUAACAAAGUCUUUUUGUCGUACGAUAAGCUGACCGUGAAUGGAGAAGCGUAUAUUUGGGAUACUGAACAAAAGAAGGCGGUCCUCGUGCAUGGUAAUAGACAUGUAAGAACACAAGAAUGA